GCAGAAGCAGCAGAAGUAUGUAUCUGAAUUGUUGGUCUGGGGAGAGACAGAGUCUCUGAAUGAAUGGCUCUGCAAUCACUACAGCCCAUAUCACCAAUUUCGCUGACUCUCCUUCCAAAGGGCUCUACUGCUCCUAUUUUGUUUCAAUUAUCUUCAUCAAUCCGUUGCUCUAGUGUUCGUACAACAUUGACUGUGUCAUUGGAUGACAUUCCCCCAAAUGCCCUUCGCCGGAAGUGUGACCGGAACUGGAGAGGAGGUUUCAGUCUAGGGGUGGAUCUGGGUAUGUCCCGCACCGGCCUUGCACUCAGCAAGGGCUUCUCUGUUCGACCCUUGACGGUUCUGGAGUUGAGAGGGCAAAAGCUUGAGCUUCGACUUAUUGACAUUGCUGAGAAGCAGGAGGUUGAUGAGUUCAUAAUAGGACUUCCUAAGUCUUCUGAUGGAAAAGAGAUGCCGCAGUCCAAUAAAGUUCGUUCUGUUGCUGGUAGGCUUGCAGUUCGAGCAGCAGAGAGGGGUUGGAGAGUGUACCUGCACGAUGAGCAUGGGACAUCAACCGAGACUAUGGACCGUAUGAUUAAUAUGGGUCUCAGUAAGUUUGCUCGGCAAGGAAGCAUUGAUGCCUAUGCCGCUAUGAUGGUGUUGGAGAGAUAUUUUUCCUUCACAGGUCAUGGAAUUGAACUUGUUCUCCCCAAGCAGUUGGAGCUCCAAAACAAGCUCCGGAAGGGUCCAACUAGGGAUGCAGAUUUUUUUCCAGAAGAAUUUGAUGUUUGACCUUUUUCUCUCAGUAGGAAAAUAUGAUUCUUAAAGAAUUCUAAUGGUUGGUGGGUCUCAUGGUUGCUACUAGUCGGAAAAAGAAUUCUAAUUCAAUUAGAAUCAUGUACCUUCAAACAAUUUGACCCUAUUGUAUUCUUGUUGAUUGACUGGUCUUUUGCAUUUUUGGAGGUAAAAAUCUGUACAGAACACAGUACUUGUAACGGAA